GAAUUGGUAGGCCACAUCACCCUGUUACUUUUUCCAAAAAGCUCAAUGUGUCCACGUGACUUAUGUAUCUUUAGAGGCUUAAAACCAAAUUACGUGGCUUCAUAAAUAUCCACCCUUUUGUUGUCUUCUCCACUAUAAAUUCCCCCACCAACUCUUGCAUAUGCAACCAUUCCUCCAUAUCAAAGUGAGAUAAUUUGUUUGAUCACUCAAGAACACUUCUAUAAAGCAUUUACUCUAAUUCCUUUUGGGUUUUAGAGAGGUAACUAAUAACAUGACAACUUCAUUUGCUAUGCAAUCCAUGAUAUUGGGAAGUCCAGUUACAAGUCUUUCACAAAGUAGAAAUGGCUUGAAUCAGUUUGUUCCAAGCUCUUACUUGCCACGCCUUCACAGGAAUACACGUCUUCGCGUUAAGUGCAUGUCUGAGGAGGGUGAAAAAUCAGAGGAAUCUUUCACCCCCAGCACAACUGAUACUGCUGCUACACCAAAGCUAACACCUCCUCCUGCAAAGCCGAAGUCAAGCACAGAUUUCUUCGACUUAUUCUCAUUCAGUGGUCCGGCACCUGAGAGGAUCAACGGCAGGCUAGCAAUGAUCGGGUUCGUAGCGGCCAUCGGUGUGGAGCUAGCCAACGGUGGAGAUCUGUCUGCACAGUUAUCCAGUGGUGGAUUAUUAUGGUUCUUGGGAUCAAGUGUGUUGCUAACUUUGGCCUCAAUCAUCCCACUGUUCCAAGGAGUUACUGCUGAGUCUAAAUCUGGUGGGUUUAUGAGUGCUGAUGCUGAGAUUUGGAAUGGAAGAUUUGCUAUGUUGGGAUUAGUUGCUUUAGCUUUUACUGAAUAUGUUAAAGGAGGUGGUCUCUUCCAAGUCUGAAACUCUUGGAGAGUGUUUACUGAAUAUGUUAAAGGAGGUGGUCUCUUCCAAGUCUGAAACUCUUGGAGAGUGUAUAUCAACUGAUUAUUACAAGUUAAUUUUGUUGUUGAUAAGCUUAUUUCCGAUGUAAACAAUAUUUGGUGGAAUAAAACAAAUCAAUUAGCAUA